AUGGAGCAAGAUCUGGCCUGCAAUGUUAACAAAUGCGGCGCCCAGUUGACGGGUCAAGCCCUGGUGACUGCAUGCAGGUCGGUUGGCAAUUUGAUACUAUCCCAUGCAAUAUGUAUGGACUGCGCAAGUCGCCACGGCUUCACCAGCCAGGGACCCUAUACCUGUCCUGUUUGUCGUCAGCCCCUGAAUGAGGCCGAGACAGGUAGACAGCUUCUUCGUCCAUCAGAAGAGUGGAAAUCCGUCAUCUUGUGUGGCCUAAGUCCUACGGUUGUCAUGGAAUGCGCAGGAAGAGCCCUAAGUUUCUGGUCGUAUCAGAUGACAAACCAAAUGUCGGUCUUGACAUUCCUCGCCGCUCUCUGA